AUGUGCGAUAAAACUAGUAAGGCUUUGGUGUUGGUAUUGUUGUUGCUGCCAUUGUUGGUAAUUACUAAUAAGCGUGCUUCAGCAGCGAUUUUAGAGCCCAUGCGCGAUCUCAAAUUCAAUGAAGAUAUUGGCAGCGAUGUACUUACAAAACUCGAGCAAGAAACCUAUAAUGAGCGCCUCAGAGAGCGCAAUAUGAAUCAAAUCAUGAAUAUAGAUGAGGAAAUGGAAGAUGAAAGUGAAGAUGAUGAAUUCUGCGUGUGGCAUAAAUGUGACAAUGAUUUUCGCGCGUUGCGUGGCUUCAAAAAAUAUUUCGAUUUAUCAUUUCUCAAGAAGUUCAUGAGUCAUUUGAAUCCCUUCGGAAUGUCGCGCAUGAAUAUGAAUUUCUAUCUGUUCAAACAGGAUUUCCCCGAUUCUGGACGUGAGCUGCGCAUAAGCGAUACGCGUGAAGAUAUAUUGUACGCCGGCUUCAAUCCAAGACAGCCGACACGCAUCAUCAUACACGGCUGGAUCAGUCAAUCGCGCGGCUCCUUCAAUCGGGAUGUCAAGAAUGCCUACCUUAAGCGCGGCGAUUUCAAUGUGAUUGUUGUCGAUUGGAGCGCCAGCGCCACCAAUGUCAAUUACUUUGCGGUCGUCAAGAUGAUUGAGGGCUUCGGCGCACAAUUGGCACGCUUUACACAGCACCUGAAGCGCAGCGUUAACGCUGAUUACGAUCAUAUGUACUUGAUAGGACACUCGCUGGGUGCGCAAAUCAAACCGGCGCGCUACAACACCAUCUUUGCCUUAGAUCCUGCCGGCCCGAAGUUUCGUCAUCGCAGCGCCGAAUUUCGCAUAGAUCCCGCCGAUGCCAAGUAUGUCGAAUCAAUACAGACUAGCGGCAAUUUGGGUUUCCUAGAACCCACCGGCAACGCGACUUUCUAUCCAAAUUAUGGCUUUUAUCAGCGUAAAUGCUACUGUGUGGGUUGUUCGCAUAUACGCGCCUAUAAAAUGUUUGCCGAGUCCAUCACAACGAAUGUGGGUUUCUGGGGCACGCGCUGUAAGCGACGCGAACCAGAAUGGGAAUGCAACGAAGAGGCGCCGGCAAGUGAUUUGUAUCGCAUGGGUGGUGAGCCGGCGCAAAAGAAGAGUGGUAUUUUUUAUGUGAAGACGAGCACGAGUUCACCUUUUGCGUUGGGUUCCAAUUGGAAAGACGGAGAAUGACCGGAGGGUGACAAGUGGGAGAAAUAGUUGUAAUCUUGAUAUGUGAGAUCAGUAGUCACAGCAUUAUAAACUGUGAUAUUUUAAGUAGUUUAAUUUAUUUUAUAUUGCAAUUUGCCAAAAACAACGAAUUCAUCAACACAUGCAUUUAGUCA